AUGUUGAAAUCGGUUGCAACCCCUUAUUAUCCUAUUCAGGAUAAUGAAAAACCAAAGCUUUUAUAUACAUCUGCUAAUUUCUUGGGUAUACCCACCAACAGGGGACAACCAAAAAUUGGUACAUAUCAAGGACCAGAACUUAUCCGAAAAUCUAAUUUUUUCCAGCUUGUAGCUGAAGAUGGAAUACAGUUAAUUGAUUGUGGAGAUGUUACACCUGUAGAACUAAGUGAAACAGAGGAUCCACAACGUUUUGGAAUGAAAUGGUCACGGAGUUUCUCAUUGACCACUUUAAAAAUAGCCGAACGUGUGGAGGGAUUAAUGAAACAGUCAACUAAACAUAAUACUGAAUCAAAUGAAUCAAAAUCAACUCCUUUAGUAAUUGUUGGUGGUGAUCAUAGUAUGGCAACUGGAACCAUACUUGGACAUGCUAAAGCUAAACCAGAUCUGUGUGUGUUAUGGAUUGAUGCUCAUGGUGACAUAAAUACACCACUGAAUUCAGCUUCUGGAAAUAUACAUGGAAUGCCUUUAAGUUUUCUAGUAAAAGAAUUACAAGACCAAAUACCGUGGUUGGACGACUUUGAAGGCAUAAAACCUUGUCUCAAUGCCAGUAAUAUUGCCUAUAUUGGUUUGCGGGAUUUAGAUGCUUAUGAAACAUAUGAUAUUAGAAAACAUGGCAUUGCUUAUUUUACAAUGCUGGAUGUUGACCGAAUGGGAAUAGAAGCUGUUAUUAAAGAAGCAUUGCAAGCAGUAAAUCCAAGAUUGGAGAAAGCUAUUCACUUGAGUUUUGAUAUAGAUGCACUGGAUCCUUUAGUAGCCCCGAGUACUGGCACUGCUGUUCCAGGUGGUUUAACAUUACGUGAAGGUUUAAGAAUAUGUGAAGAGGUUUCAGCGACAGGAAAACUUUCUAUAGUUGAAUUGGCUGAAUUAAAUCCUUUAUUAGGAUCUAAGGAAGAUGUUGUAAAAACUCAAUCAUCCGCUGUUCAGAUUUUGAGAGCAUGUUUAGGCCAUUGUCGUUCAGGUCAUUUACCAUUCAAUGUUCGUAAUUUAACUGAUCAAGGUAUUAUUAGUCGAAUGGCACAUAUGCAGACAAAACAAAAUGUAAAACGAACAAUUUUAAAAAAGCCCAUUUUUGUCUUCGUAUAUUCACUUUUAUUAUUUUCAUUAAUUUUUCUAAUUGCAAAUCAUUCAGAAAAAACAUUCUUAUCAGUUAAGCUAAUUGACAUAAACACUCAUAACGUGUAUAAAAAAUAUGAACGAUCAUUCAGUGGACAUGAGAAUUUAAUUUUCAACAUUGAUUAUGCUAACUUUAGUAUUGAAAAACAAAAAAAUGUAAAUGUAAAUUCAAAACGACAUUUAGGUUCAAUUGAUACAAAGCUAUUUGAUAUACAAGGUUUUAUACUGAAAAAGAAAUUCAAUAUGAAUAAUUUAAUCUUAUUUCCAUUUGAAACAGAUAAUCCAUAUGAGGAUGAUAGAAUAUUAGCACAAAUGAGUUAUGUUCCUGUACAAGUGUUAGAAGCACGUAAAAAUGGACGGACUCUUAUGAAACGUAUUUAUUAUCCAAGUAAAUCCUCUAAUUCAUUUCCCGAUCUGUCACAUUGUCCUGUGUAUGAAUGUAGUGUAAGUCAUACGAUUCAGCAAGCUGACUUAGUUGUUUUUGAAAAUGAUGCAGAACUUAGUAGAUUAAAGAAACAAAAGAAUCAAUCUUGGCUGAUUUAUCAUCUUGAAUCUCCACGACAUUUUUCAUUCCCUACGUUCAAAAACUUGAUUAAUUUUACCGCUACAUAUACAGUGGAUUCAACUAUAGUUACACCAUAUUAUAAAUAUGUACCAUUUUCAGAUAUGGUGCCAAAAGAUUUAAAUCAUUCAAUUGAAUUUGAUAAAGAUUUUUCUAAUGGUAAAACUAAAAUGAUUGCAUGGUUUGUAAGUAAUUGUAAUGGUGGUGGUCCACGAAUGAAUUAUGCUAAGGAAUUAAUGAAAUAUAUCAAAGUUGAUAUCUAUGGUGCAUGUGGAGAUCUAAUUUGUGAUAAAUAUAAUAGCAAGUGUUUUGAAUCAUUGAAAAAUGAUUAUAAAUUCUAUCUCAGUUUUGAGAAUAGUAUCUGUCAAGAUUAUAUUACUGAAAAGUUCUUUCUAAAUGCUCUUAAAAAUACUGUUGUUCCAAUCGUAAUGGGUGCAUCGAAAUCAGAAUAUGUAAGAUCAGCUCCAUCAAAUUCUUUUAUUCAUGUAGAUGAUUUUAAUUCUGUCAAACAAUUAGCGGAUUAUUUGUACUAUCUAGACAACAAUAAAACUGCUUAUAAUGAAUACUUUAAUUGGCAUAACCAUGGAACAGUUGAUUUUAAUACAUUCACUGAUUGUCGACUAUGUAUGCUGGCGCAUGAAAUCGAUAACUUGGAACGACCUUAUUGGUAUGAAGAUGUAAAUCAAUGGAGAGAGAAUAGUUGUGAAAAUCGUAAAUUUCCGAUUAUUUGA